UGUGUGUCAACAAUAAUUUCCAGGAUAAUGUCGGCGCUAGUGUGGGUCCAUUUUUUCUCAAACACUCGUCCAAAAUUAGUUCCAUCCAUGGUGAGAUACUGAAAUCCACAGCGCUAGUGGAGGCAAUUCCUCACUCAAAGAUCACUUCGUAUCAAAAGAAAUGCGAGGUUGAAAGUGUAGUGGUUAUGCCGGCCGAGUUAAUUUCGCCAUUGGAUGCGGCUCGACGCCAACGUAAAACGAAAAUCUUUCAUCAAAACUAUCUAAAUGGUGCCUGGAAAGCACUGCGUCAGAACCCCAUUGUUCUCUUGGACAAAUAUUACAAUUUAGCCAACGAACGUAAAAAUUAUUUAAGUGCUACAUACAAGCGUGUCCAAAAGUUCACUCGAAUGCUCCACGCACGCAGUCCCAUCUACAAUGCGGUCCAUCGUCGCUGCAGCAAUCCAGAGGUCUUGGAACGCUUCCAUCUGACAAACAUAUAUCGCAUUCAGUACCAGACGCGUCGCAACAUGCUAUCCAUAUUGCGAAAUAUUCGAGACCUACGCGCCCAGAACGACACUGUGGGCCUGCGAAAACUGGUAUCGAAAGUAAUGGGCGACUACAAUGUGCUGAAGACGAGAAGGGUAAAGCCGUGGCAAAUGAACUUUAUGAACGAGGUUUAUAAUCACUUGGCACUGAGCUUGUGCGAGAACUUUCGCAUGCCGACAUAUAGGGUGUCCCCAUACGAUAAUGACGCAAUGUGCCGUCUACUUGGAGUUCUGUUGUGGAAACCUGCCGAGCCCCAGAGCAUUGUCUUUGGGAAUCGUGCCACCUACGCCUAUGAGGAUGCCGAUACUGCCUUCGAAGAGGCCAAAGUAUUCAGGCGGACCAUAAAUGGUCUUUCCAAGCGUUUGCAUUUCGCCCGUCUGCCGAUGGAGCGUAGCUAUCUGUUGCAUGAGCUAGCCGACAUCCAUUUGUCGCAUAAUCAUCUAGUGCAGUGUCUGGACUAUGCGACAAGGUCCGUCGAGGAGGCGGCGCGCAGUGCCAACAUCAAGAUCUGGGAGUUUCUGGCCACGAUGUUGCAGGUAAAGGUGCAUGCGAUACUCGGCAAGUACGAGCGUCUGGCGGAUGUUCUCAAUAAUGCCUACCGUUUGGCCAUGGAUCUCAAGGCCACCAAUCUGUGCACAUUCAUCGAGUUCUGUCGCAUGCUCAACAUGGACUCCAUAACGCUGCGUAAAAUAUCCAUAGUGAUGGCUAACAAACGGCGCCAGAAAAUAUCAAGUCGCUCCAGCUACAACACUUUAUCGCCGGAAACGCCGGAUGCGGAUGUGGGUGUGAACGCAGUAAAUGUGGCCUAGUGGAGCGAGUGGUUGUACGACCGUAUGACCCUGCGGGACUUCCCCGUACACAUAGCAGAGUGCACCAAUCGCUCCUCGAAGCCAAUCACUGUCGGAGACAAAUAUUAUUAUUAUUUUAUUAAAAUUUCUA